AUGCAUUCGUCAACUUUGAAUUGUUUCGUGGCAAAUCGUGUCUCUGAACUCCAAGAAGAAACUCGAAACAUCAUUUGGAGACAUGUCCCAACGAAAAGUAACCCAGCUGAUAUCGUAUCUCGUGGUUGUUGUGCUCAAGAAUUGUCGAAUACCAUCUGGUUUCGUGGCCCAUCGUUUCUAGAAGAAGAUGUCUCAAAGUGGCCAGGUAAUGAAGACGUGAUGACAAUUGAAGUCCCAGAACGCAGAAAGGCCGCCGUCUUUAAAAACACAGCCUGUGAAAACAAUGUCAUUAAUGACAUUCUGGAUAAGUAUCCCAUAAGUCGUUUUUUGAAAGUCAAAGAUGUUGUCCACAUAGCUCCUAAGGAACUUGAAGACACCUUUUGGAAGGUCAUCUCACUGGUCCAGCGGUCAUGUUACUCAUCGGACAUACAAGCAAUUGCAAAUGGUAACGUCGCUCAUCGAUCUCUGCAAAAAUUAACCCCAUUUUUGCACAAAAUGAAAGUGGGAAAUGAGGAGAUUAAUAUUCUUCGAGUUGGCGGACGUUUAACAAAUGCUCCGAUUCCAUAUGAUGCAAGAUUUCCUGCCCUGUUGCCCAAAGACCAUCGAUUCGUCAAGCUGUUUGUAGAGCAUUUGCAUCGAAGUCAUUUGCACGCCGGUCCAAAGGUGUUGUUGGGCAUUUUACGUCAGAAAAUCUGGAUAAUCAAUGCCAGAGAAGUAGUUCGAAAGAUUGUUCGAAAUUGCGUGCAUUGUUUUCACUACAAGCCAAAAUUGUUGGGGCAAAUAAUGGGAAAUUUGCCAGUUGAUCGUCUUCGAGCUCAACGUCCAUUCUUGGUAACUGGAGUUGAUUUUUGUGGCCCUUUCAUGACGUCAUAUAGAAUUCGAGGGAAGUCACCCUACAAAACAUACAUCGCUGUUUUCGUUUGCUUCAGUUCCAAAGCUACCCAUUUAGAACUCGUAUCGGAUUUGUCAGCAAACAACUUUAUAUUGUGUCUCAAACGAUUCGUGGGAAGACGUGGAAUUCCCCAGAAGCUUUUUUGCGACAACGCAACUAAUUUCGUAGGAGCCUGUAACAAACUAAAAGAGCUCAAAGAAUCAUUUUUUAAUGAUGAAGUUGCCCAAAAAUUGAAAUCGAUUUGCUGUCAAAUGGGUCUUGAAUUCAAUUUCAUACUUCCACGCGCCCCACACUUCGGUGGAUUGUGGGAGGCAGCGGUAAAAUCCACAAAAACGUUGCUCAACAAGAACAUAACGGAGUCGUACCUUACAUUUGAAGAAUUACAGACACUGGUAGUCGAAAUCGAAGCUAUAUUGAACUCUCGUCCAAUUGUUCCCAUGUCAGACGAUCCCAACGACGGCGAGGCGUUGACACCAGGUCAUCUCCUUAUUGGUUCAUCUCUGGUGGCAAUACCUGAGCAACAUUUUGAUGUUACCAAACCAUCGUUACUUAAUAAAUGGCAACGUAUUUCGUACCUCAAACAACAAUUUUGGCAAAUGUGGUCCAGGGAUUACCUUCUGUCUCUCCAGCAACGGUCAAAGUGGUUCACCGAUGAGAAGAAUGUCAAUGAAGGACAAUUGGUCAUCAUACACGAGGACAACACACCCCCUCAGCAGUGGCUCUUGGCGAGAAUUACAAAAACAAUACCAGGCCGUGAUGGAAAGAUCCGAGUGGUCGAGUUGAAACAAAACAUGGAACAUCGUGUCGCCCAAUCCAUAAAAUAG